AUGGCUACAGGUGGAAAAAUAGAUACGGAUAUUCUUUCUGAUGAAAUAUUUGAUGUACUUUGUUCAAUGUGUAAAAAUCGAGGUAAACAUUCUGAAGGUGAAAAAUUCUGUGUAGACUGCCAUGAUUAUUUCUGUAUAAAUUGUGUCACAGUUCACAGUCAAGUUCCUGUGUUAGCUGGUCACAAGGUGUUGGAUAAAUCUCAAGUUAAGUCAGGAACCAGUAAAAGUCUGCCGAGGGAACCAGCAGAGAGAUGUGACAGACACAGUCAUAAACACAUUGAUAUGUACUGUCAGAAUCAUGAUAAUGUCGGCUGUUCUACAUGUAUGACAAUUGAACACAGAUCAUGUAAGAAUACAUUCUACAUACCAGAAUACAUCCAAAAUAAAUCUUACCUAGUGGCUUCAAGAGCAAUUCAAACAAAGCUGAAGGCAUUAGCCAGGACCCUUGCUGUACAAGCUAACAAUUUUCAACAGGAUAAACACAACCUCUUGAAAAGAAAGGCUGAACUACUGGACGAUAUCAGAAAAUUCCGACAAGAAAUGAAUGACCAACUUGACAAGCUGGAGAAAUGUUCUGUAGAUGAGAUAGAAAAUAAAUUCAAACUUCUUGAAGACAAGAUUGAAGAAGGUCUAAAACAGCUACAAGUACACAAAGCAAAGGUUAAAUCAGCUAAUGAUAAAUUAGCCUCUCAAAACCAAAAUCAAGCUGAAUUGUUUGUUCAUGUGAAGAUCGGGGAAGAUGCUGAGAAUGUUACCAACAAAUUUAUAGAAGAUACAAAAAUGAAGAUAACAGUAAGUGACAUAGAGUUUCAACCUGACACAAAACUCUUUCAACAGCUGAAACAAAACAAAACAAUUGGCAUGCUAACAGAGAAAACUACAAAGAAUGACAAGUUACUUGAGAUUACAGGAGGACACUCAUACUGUGUCAAACUUGAGUCGGAUGAAAAUGAAUGUUCAAUCAUCAGUGCCUGCUAUAUGAAAAAUGGUACAAUAAUCCAAGCUGAUAACAAAAACAGGAAGCUUAAACGGUUAGAUAGUCACAAUUAUAUCAUCACAGACUGGUAUAAUCUACCUGGACAGCCAUGGCAAAUAUACGAGACAUCUGUCUUUAUCUCCACAAUGACUGGCAGGAGACUUAAACAGUUUAGUACUGACCAGUCAGGACAGAAACUGUUCUCUGACAUAAACAGUAUAGCUGUCAGUAAGAAUGCUGCAAGGAUUUAUGUUGCUGAUGAUCUUAAAGGACUGAUAGUACUAGACAACAAUGGUCAGAUUGUGACAAGAUAUAAUAGUAAAUUAUUACAGAUGGCUUCAUAUUGUAAUCUCACUGAAGCAGGUAGUGUGCUGGUAUCUGGACAUGACUCCAAUAAUGUUUUACAGUUUACAUCUGAUGGUGAGCUGAAAGGAGAGGUCAUAAAAGCUGACAGUAGAAAACCGGCAGCAACUUUGUCAGUUUGUUGUAAUCAACAAAUGUCUAAGAUGUGUAUAAGCAGAGAUGGAGAAGACAAUAUUGAAGUGUAUGAUAUAUGA